UGGACCACCUACAAGUACGGCUUUGGGAAUGUUCAGGGUGAUCACUGGCUGGGCACCGAGUACCUGCACCUGCUGACGCAGCAGGGCACCUACAAGGUCCGCUUCAUCGUGCGGAAUAAAGCCAACAUCACCCAUUAUGCUGAGUACGACAUCUUCAGGGUGGAGAGCGAGGCUCGCGGGUACCCGCUGAGGCUUGGCCGGUUUUCUGGUGAUGGGGAUGACUAUCUGACCAGCUAUUACCCCAAGAAGGGGGGCAUACACGACAACAUGAAGUUCAGCACGACUGACAGGGACCAGGACCAGUACAGUGGGAACUGCGCCAACAGCUACGGGGGCUGGUGGUAUGACAGGUGCCAGAACGUCCUGCUCAAUGCUAAAAAACGUAUCCUCUGGCCAGGAUUCUGCGAUAAUGCGACUGCGCAUCCUCCCUCAUCCUGGUCAAACCCACAGAUGUGUGCUGACCGUGCCUCAGCGCCCAGCCACCUGGGAGUUUGCGGGGGUGUCCCCAUCCCCAGCUCAGUGCCCUGUUCCCGUGCCUGCCAACAGCCCUGUGCCAGCCCCG